AUGUGUUUUCUGACUUUCUUUUUGCUCUUUGCUCUCCUUGCAGCGCUCGCAUCCGCAGUUCCCGCAGCAGUUUCUCAGGCAGCGCCCACUGUACCACCGGCAGGUGGAGUUUCUCUGGUAUCCCUUGAAGUAACGCUCGACGGAAGUAGUGGUUGUCGGCCUGGCACAGUGAGCGCACUGCUCGCCUCGGAUUAUUCUGCCAUAACCCUCCUUUUUGAUCAGUUCUCGGCUGCAGACGGGCCCAAAGCCGGAAAUGCAAAGAAACGCGCGUUUUGCAGAGUGAGCAUCGGAAUGGCAGCUCCGGGCUGGGCCUUUGAUGUUACUUCGGCUGAUUUUAGGGGGUACGUGCUGCUCGAAAAGGGUGUCAAUGCUACUAUCGAGAGUCGAUGGAAGUGGGUUCUCGACGGCCAAGAUUUGAAAGGCAAGGGGAACAUCCAGAAGAUUGUCCAGGGCCCAUUCGAAGAAGAUUUCCUCCUACAUAAGGAUGGUGAGAGCUCGGUUAGUGAAGGAACAAUAUGUCAGAGAAAAGACGCAAAGAUCCAGAUCAGCCUCUCAGCUACCGUGGACGCAGGCACCUCUGGAAAAAACGGAUAUGUUCAAGGUAGUUCUGCAGACGCUGCAUUUGGGCAGAUACUGAACAUCUCCUGGAAAAAGUGCUAG